UGCACAUCACUAUUGUGUUUUUUUUUAUUACCUUGCAACACCGGUCCUAUCAACUCGGCCAUUUUCAUUGCGACUAUCAUAGAAUAUGUCGCACAGGAAGUUUUCAGCACCCCGUCAUGGGUCUAUGGGGUUCUACCCCAAGAAGAGGUCCCGCCGUCAUCGUGGAAAGGUCAAGGCUUUCCCUAAGGAUGACCCCAGCAAGCCCGUACACUUGACUGCUUUUAUUGGCUACAAAGCUGGUAUGACCCAUGUGGUUCGUGAACCUGACCGUCCUGGCUCAAAGAUCAACAAGAAGGAGAUCGUAGAGGCGGUGACCAUCAUUGAGACGCCUCCGAUGGUGGCUGUCGGUGUGGUCGGCUACAUCGAAACUCCGCACGGUCUCCGUGCUCUGCUCACCGUCUGGGCCGAGCACAUGUCCGAGGAUUGCCGCCGUCGCUUCUACAAGAAUUGGUACAAGUGCAAGAAGAAGGCUUUUACUAAGGCUAGCAAAAAGUGGCAAGAUGAGCUUGGGCGCAAGUCCAUUGAAAAGGACUUCAAGAAAAUGAUCCGCUACUGCAGUGUGAUUAGAGUCAUUGCCCACACUCAGAUGAAGCUGCUUAAGCAGCGCCAGAAGAAAGCUCACAUCAUGGAGAUCCAAGUCAAUGGUGGAACUAUUGAAGACAAAGUUAAAUGGGCCAGGGAACAUCUAGAGAAGCCUAUCCCAAUUGACUCUGUAUUUACCCAGGAUGAGAUGAUUGAUUGCAUUGGUGUCACCAAGGGCAAAGGAUACAAAGGUGUCACUUCCCGUUGGCAUACAAAGAAGUUGCCACGUAAAACGCACAAGGGUCUCCGCAAAGUUGCUUGUAUUGGAGCAUGGCAUCCUUCAAGAGUGUCCUUCACUGUGGCCCGUGCUGGUCAGAAAGGCUACCAUCACCGUACUGAGAUGAACAAGAAGAUCUACCGUCUUGGACAAGGUAUCCACACUAAGGAUGGCAAAGUCAUUAAGAACAAUGCUUCUACUGAAUAUGACUUGUCUGAGAAGUCUAUCACCCCCAUGGGUGGUUUUCCCCACUAUGGUGAGGUCAACAAUGACUUUGUCAUGAUCAAGGGUUGCUGCAUGGGUCCCAAGAAGCGUGUGAUCACCUUAAGAAAAUCGCUGCGCGUGCACACCAAGAGGGCGGCUCUGGAGAAGAUCAACUUAAAGUUCAUCGACACGUCGUCCAAGUUUGGUCAUGGUCGUUUCCAGACUCCGGCCGACAAGGCUGCAUUCAUGGGCACGCUCAAGAAGGACCGCAUCCGCGAGGAGGCUGCCGCCACCGCCGCUCCGGCUGCUGCGCCAUCGUCCUAAAUAUCUGGACUAUUAUAAGAAUAAAAAACCUAUAAAAACA